AUGGUGCAGCCAUGGAGCCCUGAACCCGGAAUGUCGGCAAGCAGAGAAACGCUUGCCCUGGAGAGUUUGUUCCCCCACUCGGUGAGUUUUGAUCACUUUGAGCCUGAAAUGUACGAGAAUUUUGGGGAAGACACGGAUACCUUGGUGAGUUCCGAUGGGGCUCUGGCCAGAUUUGGAGAGCACAUUCCCUUGGUCUCCAGUGGCAUACAGCUUUUACAUGAGUUGGCAGGCAACCAAGAAGCCUUGGAAAGGGCGAGAAAGUCUGAUCCCUUGGGACGAGAUGGCAUCCUAGUGCAUUCUUUGGAGUAUGUGCCAGUGAUCAAUUCCAUCAUGCAAACAGUGCACCAAGCUGGAGAGGAUGAUGAAUCUUUGCAGCGUGCACGAGAACGAGAUCCCAUUGGAAGGCAUGGUUAUGUGACAAAAGCAUUGGAGCACAUCCCAUUGGUAAGUGAUGGGAUCGUGGCCAUUCACCGCCAUUCGGGUGAUGAUGUGGCAGCAGAACGUGCCCGAGGCUACAGUUUGCAAAAACUCUUUGGCCCAGACGGAGCUGUUACACGCGCCGCGGAGCUGGUUCCUGGCUUGAAUUUCUUACCUGCUGGUUUUCAUUGGAUGAAUGGUGACAGAGAACGCGCUUCUCGCGCGAUUGACCUGCCCCGGAGCUGGGGUUCUGCCUCUGACCCCGACAGUGCCCUGUGGCAAAUGGCGGAGUUGGUGCCCGGAGCGGAUGCUGUUGCCUUUGCAGUGCAUCUUCAGGGAGGAUACUAUGCCCAGGCGCUCCGUAGCGUGACCAAGACCAGCUGGGUCAACGUCCGAACUGAGGAGCUCAUCUUAUGCAUUCGCUGCGGUUCGCUCUCGCAGCUCUGGUGUAGCAAGGUGCCAGUCGGUGACACAUAA